GAAAGACCUUUGUCCCGUUGGUGCGGGUCAGAUGCCCCGUACUUCAACUAACCUGCCGGCCGCUUUCCCCUACACUCAACAGAACCAGUUCAUCGUAGGCCCGGCGCUUCCCCCCUCAUUCUGUUGUGCCCAGGAUCCUUCGCGCCUGCUGCGAUCUGGAUUCGGAUGAUCAAUCGAGCAGCUUUUCGUCCGGUUCUUCCUGGAUGAUCCUCUAUCUGGUUGGGGAUUUUUCUUCGAUCGGCUUGUCCUCUUAAGAGAAAGAACGCUGCAAUUUCUUUGACACACAUCUCCAAGUUCAUCAUUCUCUGUCUCUGCUCAACCAAUAAUACAGACUUCAGUCACACAUAAAGAAAUGGGUCACACCAUUGGAGUUGCAGAUGAUGAAAUAGCAGACAUACCAUGUUCAGAUGCUUCACCAAUUCUGACCGAAUAUCACAUCACAGUCCCUACCCUUCACGAUGGACUAAUGCAAGGGGCAGACCAGCACGAGAGACGGCUUCUGGAUGUCCUCAAAGCAACGCCUUCAGUGCAAUGGCUGAAGGACAUCAACGUCUGCGGUCCACUGGGAAAAAUUCAGCUGCCAUCGAUCGGCGUCCACCGCUACCUCCAUGUCCACUUCAUCAGAACAGUCGACUGGAGCUCACUGCUCGCCAUCUGCAAGAACCACCUCAAGCAUCCUCUCAACAUCGCCCUACUCAUCUGGCUGCUCUGCGUCGCCGCCGCCGGCGCCAUGCUAGGACUGCUCCUGUUGGGGCUGCUGAACAAGGCAUUCCCUUCCAGGGCCUUGAGGCACCACUGGAUAGAGAUCGACAACCAGAUCCUCAACGCCCUCUUCACGCUCAUGAGCAUCUACCAGCAUCCCAUCCUCGUCCACCACCUCGUUCUCCUCUGCCGGUGGCGGCCGGAGGACGCCGCCCAGCUAAGGAAGGUGUACUGCAAGAAUGGCGCCCGCCGUCCCAACGAGCGAGCGCACAUGUCCUUCGUGGUGGCCCUCCUCCACGUCACCUGCAUCUCGCAGUACAUGGAGUGCAGCCUCUACUGGGGCUACCCAAGCAGGUCGCGCUCCGAGCUCGCGGAGAACUUCUUCUUCAUCCUCGGCGUCGCCGCGCCGGUCGUCGCCGGCGCUCACGCGGUGUACAGCCCUCUAGGCAGAGACGACGACGCCGCCGCCGCCUCCUGCGAAGAGACCAAGCAGCUCCACGCAGCCGGAGCCGAAGAAUCGCCGGAAGAAAUGACGGUGGUCGGCAACCCGAUGUGGGCGGGGGAGCUGCUGGACUGCGGCGAGGACCCGGCGGCGUGCUACCUGUCGUUCCUCUGCACCUUCUGCGUGUUCGGCUGGAACAUGGAGCGGCUGGGGCUGGGCAACAUGUACAUGCACACGGCCAUGUUCCUGCUGCUGUGCGUCGCGCCCUUCUGGGUGUUCAACGUCACGGCGCUCAGCAUCCACGACUACGCCCUCAGCGAUGCCUUCGGCGCCGCCGGGGUGGUGCUCUGCUUCCUCGGGCUCCUGUACGGGGGCUUCUGGAGGAUGCAGAUGAGGAAGCGGCUCGGGCUGCCCCGGAGCAGGUGGUGCUGCGGCUCGUCGUCGCUGACGGACUACGCGCAGUGGCUCCUCUGCUGGCCGUGCGCGCUCGCGCAGGAGGUGCGCACGGCGAACCUGUACGACCCGAGGGGCGACGGCGGUUUCUACGGGAAGCUGGUGGACGGCGGUGACCCGGAGCGAGGGCCGGACGUGCCGGUCUCCGCUGAAGUGCAGGAGGUGGUCGGCGGUGUUGUCAAUCCGACGGUGGACGGCGAGAUGAUCCCGCCCGUGCAGCCGGUGGUGGAGUCUGGACGGCAGAGGCAAGCCGGCCACGAAGAAAUUGUUGCAAAUGGCAGUAGCGUCCAGCUCAAAAGUUGACCGCAGCUGUUGGAUGGUGACU